AUGGAGAGGGGGCCGCCCCUCCUGGAGUCCCCCGGGCCCCUGCCAGCUCCUCUCAGAGAGCUAAGCUCUGCCCUGACACCGCAGGAACCGGCCACCUGCCUGACGCCCACGCCCCUCACCCCGUGCAGACCCCAGUUCAGCCCCUGGCUGCAGCACAUGCCGCUCCUGGGCGAAGUCGCCCAGACCCAGGUCCCGCCUGAGGUGACAGCCCAGCGCGGGCCCGGGAAACGGGCCCUGGGACAGGGUCCUUCUGCACACGGUUACAGCCGGGACCAUAGCCAGGACACUGAGGCCGAGGGGGCAAGGGCCCGGCGGCCCAGCAGCCGCGACACGGUGCGGCUCAACGGCGACAUCGUCACGGCGCCCGCCUUUGGCCGCCUGCUGGACUUCAUGUACGAGGGCCGCCUGGACCUGCGCAGCCUGCCGGUGGAGGACGUGCUGGCCGCUGCCAGCUACCUGCACAUGUAUGACAUCGUCAAGGUCUGCAGGGGCCGGCUGGGCGCGAAGGACCGAGAGCUGGGCCAGGAGACCUCCGCCCCAGGGGCAGAGCCGCUCCAGCCGCCGCGGCCCCUGCCAGCCUGGACCCCUGAGCUUUGCGGCGCUGCCCGGAGGGCCGGUCACCCCGGGGUUGGAGUCAAGGCUACCCUCCCUCUGCAAGCAUCUGGGCCUCCUCCCAGGCGGGCACCAGGAGAGUCAGACCUGGCCCUGGACCUGUCGCUGAAGUCUGGCCCCAGGCCGGAGCCGCUUCAUCCCCCCUGCAUCCUCCAGACACCCCCCUGCAGCCACAGGCAGCCUCGCGCCCCUGCUCCAGUGAAAGACCAGUUGGACUCCCUGACCCAGCAGGAGAGCCAGAGCCCCUGGAGCCCCCCAAGCCUUGGGCAGCCACCCCGUGUUCCCUCGCCUAAGGGCCUCCAGGAGCCGGUACUGGAUGCUGAGCCGGUGGCCAGCGAGGAGGGGCGAGAGCCCCAGGGGCACCUGUGCACCUGUCCGCUGUGCUGCAAGCUGUUCCCCAGCGCCCCCGUGCUGCAGCUGCACCUCAGUGCCCACUUUCGCCAGCGGGAUGGCGCCCGGGCAGGGCUCUCAGCAGACGGCGCGGUGCCCACGUGCCCGCUCUGCAGGAAGACCUUCUCCUGCACGUACACACUGAAGAGGCACGAGCGGACGCACUCGGGGGAGAAGCCCUACACAUGUGUGCAGUGCGGCAAGAGCUUCCAGUACUCGCACAACCUGAGCCGUCACGCCGUGGUGCACACGAGGGACAAGCCGCAUGCCUGCCGCUGGUGUGAGCGUCGCUUCACGCAGUCAGGGGACCUGUACCGCCACGUCCGCAAGUUCCACUGCAGCUUGGUCACGGCACUGCUGGUGUGACACCAACUGGGGGCCUGGGCUGGGAGGGAGGGCAGGGCGCACCCAGGUGGGACUUGGCCUGGAGCGGAAGGAAAGCCGGGAGCUCAUUGGUGACUGCCCCUCCUCCAUCCUCCUGCUCUCCCCACUCUCAGCUCCUGCCCCUAGGCUGUGGCCUGCCCAGGCAUGGUCUUCCUCUCACCGUGCUCUCCAGCUGGGUGCCGUGCAGCAGCCUGGGGCCGGACCCCAGCCCCAGAACCCCCGACCCUUCUCCGGCUCACGUGUCAGCAGAGCUGCUGUUGAGUCGCCAGUGGGACUCGGAGGGUGGCAGCAGGAACCCCUGCUGGGAAGGCCCGGGGCACAGCAAGUGCCAGCGGGCUGUCUGUGCACAGCUGGUGGCACGUGGGGGGCGCAGCGCAGCAGGAGCAGAGGCGCAGCUCUGGAGUGAUCACCAUGGGGUGGGCUGAGGGUCCCCGAGGGCAGCAUCCUGACUGCAUUGUAACUGGGCAGAGAAGGUGAAAUGGGAAACGGCUUCCCUUUAAACCGAGAUGGGACUCGCCAGCUCGCCCGCUCGCCAGCUGUUGCUAGUGAGGCACAGGCCAGGGGUUCUGUGCCUGGGCACCAGGUCCGGGAUGCUCUGAGCAUCCCCAGGGUGAAGCCAAGGAGGGCUGAGAACUGCAGCCCAGCCCGGCCCAGCCCACCACGGGCCAUAGUACCUGCCCUGCUGGCCUCUGGGGUCUCCCUGGACUGCAGUCCUUCACAGAGCCUCGGGUGGGGGCCACAGUCCCUCAUUAACUACUGGUGCUGCACUGCUACCUAGCAGGCCUGUGGGUGCGGGCCCUGGGGAGGGCUCCGGUGAGGGGCCGAUGCCCCCUGGGGUUGGUGGGCUCUUCACCCUGCCGGACCACCUCACCGGGCAGAUCUUGCUGCUGAGACUUGGUACCGUUUUAGCCAGGGGCUGGGGUAGCCCAGGUGUCAGGGUCAGCAGGGGGCAGGCGGCCUGAGUGCCUGGUUUCCCCAGGAACCUGGCAGCUUCUUUUUUUAAAAUUAUUUAUUUAUUUAUUUAUU